AUGACGCUUCACACAGAGCCAUUGGAUCAGGAAGACCAGGAUGCCAUCAUAUUAGACGCCAGAGCUGGAGAUCUGGAGUCUCUGCGGGAUAUUUUCACCACUUUGAUUCAUCCAAAACUGUUGAAGACAUGCAGAGAUUCAAGCUCCAACUCCACUGCAUUGCACAUGGCAUGUGCCAACGGCCAUGUAGAGGCUGCCAGAUACAUCAUGGAAUUGGUGAAGGAGAAUUCCGCCAGCGACGAGGAAGUCAGGGAGUUUGUGAACCAACAAAAUGAAACAGGCAACACAGCAUUGCAUUGGGCCUCCUUGAACGGUAAGCUCGAAGCCGUGAAACUGCUCUGCGACGAGUAUGAAGCGGAUCCUUUCAUCAGGAAUAAGUUCAACCAAGAUGCAAUUUACGAAGCGGAGAACAACGGAAAAGAGGAAGUUGAAGGCUAUUUCCUUGAAAAGUACGACGUGGAGCCGCUACGAAAUGAAGAAGAGAGCCAGGACAACGGGGCUGCGCCCGCAGUUCAGGUGACGAAGGGCACAGAGAUCGAGCAAGUCACUAAAGACGCGACGGAGGCCCUCAGACAAAACACCGAGCAAUUGGACAUCAACGAUUCGUAG